AUGGAAGCCACUCGAUCCUCCGCGCCGCUAACACCCGCGGCUAUGGAAAACUAUCCAACCCUCAACUUUUCUGGCAGCGACGGCGCAAUGGCCCUCCUUCACCGCAUUCACAGUGAGGCCAAGCCCUUCACUGAGGUCCGAGCACUACGCCUGAUCCUCAUGCCUGGCGACAACUUCGACGACUUUGACGACGACAUGUGGUCGGUAGCACUUUGCGCAAUCCACCCCGGCAACACGCCGCACGCGCUCGCAUACGUCUGCAUCGUCAUUGAUGGCAACAUUCUUUUCGAGCGCAACGCUCAUCGCGUGACCAAUCCUGUCGGAUCGCGCGACGCGGACCCUAAUCUCAAAGAUCUCCUCUCAGCGAACCGCAAGAUCAGCUCACGGGCUCUUGAGAAAGCCCCACUUGAGGUCCACUACUACGAGCGAGCCGUUAUCCGUGCGCUAUGCGGUAUCCGAGGCGUCACAAAAGUCGACAUUCGUGGCCCAGUGGAACCGCGCUUGAGACAGCAGAUUGUGGACUCCAUGACUAGUCCUAUUGGUACUGAUCCAGCUCCUCUUGACGACGAUAUUGAUGCAGCCCUGGCUGCGGAUGGUCUCUGGGGAUUCCUCGAUGGGAAGAACACCAACAAAAGCGUCUACUUUAACACAGAUCAACCUGCCAUCUUCGACGACAGUGAUGACAGCCCGCUCUCUUCUCUUCCCUCAGAACCUCCCUCUCCCACUCCUUCUAUCCACACUGGCGACACUCACAUCCAACAGACUGCCGAGACCAAACAGCCCAACGACGAGGACGACAACGACGACAGCGCCCACACAGACACUUCUUCCAACACCGGCUCCGCCUCCGACUUUGAGCCCGACGUCCGAAUCACCUCUCGAAAGGGAUUCACCACGCGCCGCGUCACGCGCGCCCUGCUCACCCCACCCCGAGCAAGCAAGAAGCGCAAGCUCGCCCACAAGAACAACAACUCGUCCUCCUCGCUUCCCGACAGCGCUGCUCAAGCAACCUCGCAAGCCUGGCAGCCGCGCCUCGCCGUCAUCAACGCCCAGAGACAGGACAUCCACGAUUUCGGACACCCGCUCACCGCCGCGCCGGCGACCCACAUGCCCUGGUUCGAGGCCAAAGACGACGAGCAGGACGAGUGGCUCCUGCCGACGGGCAAGGGCGCGCGCGUCUGCGUCGGCAAGUUCGUGGGUAAGGAGUGA